AUGGCGGCGCCAGCGCCUGUGCUUAAAUGGAAAAAAGUGACAACGGCUUCGGGCAAUGUUCCGCGUUCUCGUCACGGUCACAAAGCAGUUGCGCUCAAGGACCUCAUUGUUAUUUUUGGUGGUGGAAAUGAGGGAAUCGUUGAUGAACUCCACGUUUUCAACACAUCACUUAAUCAAUGGUUUUUGCCGGCGGUACGAGGCGAUAUUCCACCGGGAUGUGCUGCUUUUGGGAUGAUAUCGGAGAAUACACGUGUCUUGCUAUUCGGCGGCAUGUUAGAAUACGGGAAGUAUUCCAACGAGCUUUACGAGCUGCAGGCGUCCAAGUGGGAGUGGAAGCGCCUUAAACCUAAGCCUCCUAGGAAUGGACCUUUGCCUUGCCCGCGAAUAGGUCAUAGUUUUACACUCGUGGGUCAGCGUGCUUUCCUUUUCGGUGGAAUCACGAAUGAUAGCGAAGAUCCGAAAAACAACAUCCCAAGGUAUCUUAACGAUCUAUAUACGCUAGAACUUCGGCCUAAUUCCUCAGCCAUGUGCUGGGAUAUUCCAAUUACUUACGGUCAGCCACCUUCGCCUCGAGAAUCUCAUACCGCUGUUGCAUAUCAGGUUAUGGAUGGGUUAAUUAAAAAAUGGCGUCUUUUGGUGUAUGGUGGCAUGACGGGAUGUCGCCUCGGUGAUCUUUGGCAACUAGAAAUUGACACAAUGACAUGGACAAAACCCUCUAUUUCGGGCGAUCUCCCUGCUCCUCGCAGUCUGCACAGUGCUACAGUGAUUGGUAAUCGUAUGUUUGUAUUCGGUGGAUGGGUACCUCUGGUUAUGGAUGAUAUGAAAACAACUGUCGAAAAAGAAUGGAAGUGUACGAACACACUUGCUAGCCUCAAUCUCGAUACAAUGUCGUGGGAGUCGAUCCAAAUGGAAAUCUUCGAUGACAGUCUUGUUCCGCGUGCGCGAGCAGGUCAUUGUGCAGUUGCCGUCAGCACACGUCUUUAUAUAUGGUCUGGUCGUGACGGUUAUAGGAAAGCUUGGAACAAUCAGGUGUGCUUCAAGGAUUUAUGGUUUUUGGAGACGGAUAAACCGCCCGCCCCAAGUCGAGUUCAGCUUGUCCGAGCCGGCACACAGAGUCUUGAUGUCACGUGGGGUUCCGUACCGACAGCUGAUGCCUACAUACUUCAAAUUCAGAAAUAUGAUGUCUCAACACCCUCAUCUACUCAAAGUCCCCCAGUGGGUUCCCGAAUGAAUCCUACUCUUGCGAUUGAUGCUCCUCAAGCCAAGUCUCCAGUCAGUGGAAUGACAUCAUCAGGUGCAACGAGUCAACGUUUUGCGACUCCGUCAACUGUCGCUGUUAGUGCUGCUUCCUUGCAAGCUUUAGCGAACGUAGCUACGGCCACGCCUGUGCGCGCGGUUUCUGCAAUGGCUAGUCCCCAAACAGCAUCUGUUGUCGGAGUUGCUGCUAGCCAACGGGUUCCAACAGUCGUUACCCCAACAGGACUCAAAAUUACCCCCGUUCCCAGCAGUGCAGUAACUGGUCGUGCAGCGAUCCUUGUUGCAGCUCAAUCACAACAGCAACAUCCUCAGUCAGCAGGCUUAAUUCGAGCGGCAAACGUGGUUACGGCCCCAACAAAGCCACAAAUAAUCGCAGCGGGUACCGCAAAACAGAUUGUUACGUCCAAUGCCAGCGGUUCGAGUGGUAUUACUUUGAGUUCGGUGACAUCUAGUGCCACGCCUAGUGGUUCAGGAUCGACCGGUCCUGUCGUACAUCUCGUCAAGACCCCAACCGGAUUGAUUCGGCCCAUAAAAUUUCUAUCUCCUGCAAAUGCCGUCGGUCAACAACAGCAUAUUGGUGUUUCACCAAAGACUAUUUCCAUCCAUGCACCCCAAGGUAGCAACCCCAAGGUGAUUAAGACAUUCCCCGCCAAUGUGAUUCAAAAAUCGGGUGCCGGUAAGCCAAUUUUCAUCACAAGUGGGACGUCUGCACGUCCAGCUACACCAGCAGUAGACAACGCUUCGAGCAACUCCGUUUCUAGGCAACCACAAGUCGUCAUUGUUGGAUCGACCGGUAACAUGGUUAAUACUGGGCAAGGUAAUGUUUGUGCCGCUCCGGCCCGACCUUUGACCAAAACUUCGAGUUCUUCAACCCUUGGUAAUGAUCAGGAUGGAGGACAAGUAGAUUCAAGCAAAGCUCUUGCUCCUACUUUGCCUCAACUUGACGGAAUGGUGGAUGAGGCGGGUAAUGAGUCUGAUUCUGCAUGUGGGGACUUUAAAGAACAAUGGGCGGACCGUACUAAGGAGACUGAAGCCAUUCAGGUGGCAGAUUCGGAUGUCAAGAAGUGCGAUUUAACUAGCGUCACUGAUGUGAGUGCUUUAGUGGAUAACAUGGCAGCUGAAGCAGCUGCCGAGUUAUUGGCAGAUGUUGAAAGUACUUCUGCUGACAUACCCACUUCCGCAUCAGGUGCUGAUAGCAGCAAGCUUUCAGUUACCGUUGGAAACGCCUCCGAGUUAUCUGAUGCUGUUUUCCAUUCUCGUCCCCAGGUGGGAAGUGGUGGCAGCGGGAACAACAAAACUGCAUCAAAGACCAAUGACCCGCUUGUGACUCUGGCAUCUGUUGCAACUAAUCGUGGGGAUAAUACCGAAGAAGACGAAGGUCAGGCAGAUAUGGAAUCGCUCCUUGAAAACCCCAAAAGGCUUCAGGAGCAGUCAACGCGCUCGAUUCCUCUUAACGUUGCAGUCCCAAUGCCUCCGUCGAAGGUGACUUUGACGCCUCGAAUAUUGACUCCUUCGGUCACUUCUGCAGUGGGCGCAGGAGGAAAUCAGCUCAUUCAGGCUAAUGUACCCACAGGCGCGAUGCUGACAAGUCGUAGCGACAGUGCGUGGCACGACGUUGGUGUUAUCAAGCAGCCGAAGUACUCGGUCUCAAUGUACUCAGCGAAUACAAACGACGCUGGAAUCAGUGUUGAGGCACUUGAUGCCCUCCAAGGUCCCAACGGAAUCGGUCCUAACGGCAUUCCUCCACAAGGUCCAAAAAUUGCUCUUACACCGGGUACAGCCUACAAGUUUCGUGUUGCUGGUUUGAACGCUUGUGGUCGAGGUCCCUGGUCUGAAAUAUCCGCCUUUAAAACCUGCUUACCAGGUUUUCCAGGUGCCCCAAGUGCCAUUAAAAUUACGACAAAUGAACAGGGUGCCCAGCUAACAUGGGAACCACCACAAAAUACGGCUGGCCGUAUAAUCGAAUAUUCUGUUUAUUUGGCUGUUAGAUCUCAAUCAGGAACCGGAAAAGAAUUACAAGAAGCAAAAAUGGGAACAGUGCCUUCUGGUAUGGCGUUCGUUCGUGUCUACGCAGGUCCGCAGCCAAGUGCUCUAGUCAUGCACACAGUCCUUGCUAAGGCUCAUUUAGAUGUGAGCUCUAAACCUGCCGUGAUUUUUCGCAUCGCCGCAUGCAACGAAAAGGGUUACGGCCCGGCCACACAGGUGCGCUGGCUUCAAGAGUCCCACACCUUCGGACAAGGAGUGGCACCUGGCAGCAUGCCGGCCGAUGCAGCCCCCGGCGGGGUAUCACCGACCUCGGGGAGCUUGAAAAACACUCCGCCUCCGGAGGGUCCCCAGCCUUCUGGACCUACUGAAGGAACCUAUAUAUCUCCUGUGAAGCGCAUUAAGAAACAAGAUGACCAAACUUAG